AGAGAGAAAUGAAAAGACAGCGAGAUAGAGAAGGCGUUUCCUCUGAGGCAGCCCUUCUCGUAGCCUGGCAGACGCAGGACCCACGUUACUACACAGGGCGUAGAGAGGCUGGUGUUAGCUAAACGAUCCCUCAGCUUUCUGGAGGUAUUAUCGUGAAGUUGCAGGGGAUACAGGCAUUGAAUAUGGCAGUUAAGCGACGAGUUCACACAUAUUUUGUACAGUUGCCAGGUCACCUAAGGUAUUGUAUGAAAAGGACUUAAUACACAUGUAAAUGACAGCAAACAGUCAUUAUGAAUUGGAGCCUUGUGGAUUACUAUGCAUGAAGCCAACUGGCAGUACUGUAGGUUAUUGUUGGCGUUACUUCAGAUAGUAAGCUGCGGCCGUCUCAACUAAAAUAGAGUUUAACGAGGGUUUCUCUCUGGCUGAGUCCCACAUGGCUACCUAUUCUAUCUAUAGUGAACUGCUUUUGACCACGGCCCCAUAUGCGCUAGAAAGGGAGUAGAGUGCUAUUUGGGAAGAACAGCACAGCGGCUUGAUUAGAUACGCUCUAAUUGAGACGUGGUCUAGCACGGCGCGGGCGGGAAGUCUACGACCGACCAUCGAAAUAGAAUCUAGAUUCUGUUACUACGACGCUAAAGCGUCUUUCCUCUGACUUAACAUGCUCUGGACAAACGCCUGACGCGCUGCACCGCACCUUACGGUUACUACGUAGGGAGCGCUGCGCUGACAGGUGUGUCAAACCAAAACGCCUCUCCACUUCAAUUCCCAAUCGUCAUAGGCUCAGAUGAGCAGCUGUAAUCAAAUGAUUUGACACGGGGAGAAACACACACUCGACACAGACAGGCGCCCGCGUGCACGCACACAACACUUCUAUGCUCAUUAACACGUACACAGGGACACUGGGUUGCUAUCUCUCUUUCUGACUCACACGCUCUCUUGGACAAACUGUCUUCAUCUCCUAUUCCCUGAGAAACAGAGGCGUAAGCCUCCGCUAGCAGCAGACAGACGGACAGAGAGAGAGAGAGUGUGUACGUGUGUGUGUGUGUGCCGGUGUCGGUGUGUGUGUGUGUGCGUAUGUGCAUUCGUACGCACAGUGCAGGGAGCCGUGUCUGUGGUGGAUCAACGGUGUGGAGAGGACAACGCCCUCCUCCUCUCGCUGCUAGCUCCUCUUCCUCCUGUCACCUCUAUGGUGUCUCUGUGACUGAUACUUCACCACAGCACCAUCCAUAACACCUAACUCCACAUGAUGUAUGAUCAUCAAUAUCUCUGGCCUGAGGAGCAGGUUGGCUUUUAUUGUCAUAAAUCUGGCCCUGGAAGCAGCUCUGCAGUGGUCACAAGUCAUAAAAUCUGUUUUUAAACCUAACCCUAAACUUAACCACACUGCUAAUCUUAAUGCCUUACCUUAACUUUAAAUUAAAAGUAAAAAUAAAUAAAUAAUUGUUUUCAUACAGUUUUAUAUUAAUAGCCCAUUUUGACUUUGCAGCUGGCCCAUCCAGCAGAAAAUGUUCAGUUCUGCCUCCAGGGCAAGAUUCAUAAGAGUAAAUGUCAACCAGCGCCUGGGGAGAUCAUCAGUCAGCUGAGGGACAUGUAUUUAUUUAGGUGAUCAAUGCAAGUUGGAGAGACAGAGAGACAGGAUACAGGAGUGAUGGCUUUGACAUGUGUUCGUUAAUCAGUCAUGCAGGAACAGCUGGGUCAAUAGAGGUGAUAAGGCGUGAAUGAUAGUCAACGUCAUGUACAAUACGUGGGGUAAGGAUGCUGUGUGUAUAAUCCUAUGUGUGUGUGUGUGUAUGUUUACCAUUUAAGUCCAACACUCGCACUGACAAUGAGCCAGAGGUAGGCUGGUGUGAUGACAUCAUCAAUAGGCCCUCGACUAACCUGUACCCCCGCACACAGACUCGGCACCGGUGCCCCCUGUAUAUAGCCUCGUGAUUGUUAUUCUUAUUGUUUUAGUUUAAUUGGUAAAUAUUUUCUUAACUCUUCUUGAACUGCACUGUUGGUUAAGGGCUUGUAAGUCAGCAUUUCACGGUGAGGUCUACACUUGUUGUAUUCGGCGCAUGUGACAAAUAAAGUUUAAUUUGAUAAAUCAGAUAAGGAGCCAGGAGAUUGGCUGCUGAUAGCUGGUGAUAAGGCUGCUGGGUAAACUGUCUCGGGUCCUUUUCAUCAGCCUUUCUCCCACUGAACCAGGGAAAUGUUAUUUCCACACAUCCAAACCUCAACGUAAAGCCUUCCCCACUGGGCACACACUGGUUGAGUCAACGUUGUUUCCACGUCAUCUCAACAAAAUGACUUUGAAUUGGCGUCCGUGCCCAGUGGGUUACGGCCAGCAACCUUAAAUGAAACCCAACUGAAUGGGAUUUCACAAAGGAUUAUUUUCCAUGUGAGUGCUAAUGUCCUUUUGUGCUGUUGGUUUUUCAUGAAAUGGCGAGUCAACAUCGCUUGCUUAUGGAACUACAUGUUCUAUGGAAAACGACUUGGCAAUGGAAAAUGACUUGUUCAUCCUCUCGGGGAACACCUGCUCCAGCGUCUGAAGCGCUCCCUCUCCUUUAAGACCCUGAUGCGCAGUAAGAGUGUAGAGAACUUCUUCCAGAGGUCCUGCAGUGACGCCCGUCUCCCCCCAGACUUCAUCACCGACCCGCCGCCCCCCUCCCCGCCCCCUGGCUCUCCCCUCGCCAGUGAACGCUCACCCUCCCUCUCUCCGUCACUCAGCCCCAACCCCUCCCUCUGCUCCCACUCCCCGUCUCUAAGCCCCUCCCCCUCGCUGUCUUCCAAGGCCCCGCCCCCACCCCACCUGACGCAGGUGACCCACUGCUUCCAGGAGCACGUGUUCCGCAAGCCCACCCACUGCCAGCUCUGCAAGCACCUGAUCGUGGGUAACUCUAAACAGGGUCUUCGGUGUAAAACCUGUAAGAUGGGUGCUCACCUGUGGUGCACCUCGGAAUUGUCCCAGCAGCCCUGCAAUGGAAAGUCUGGGGUCGGGGCCUUCAAGCGGAACUUCAGCUCUCCCAUGCUGGUCAACGAACAGCUGGCUGUCGUCAAGGAGGUGCAGCCCACCCAAGGGGCAGGCCGGGGGCGUGGGGUGGAUCCUAUUUACGCAGCCCUGCGCUACGGGACAUCCCUGGCACAGAUGAGCCGCUCCAGUUUCGGGAGCGUGUCCGAGUCGCCCACGCACAGCCAGGGUGAAGGAGGGGAAGGAGGAGAGGAGGGGGAGCAGAGGCAGUACAGCAUGGAGGAGGAGAUGCCACAGGAGACAGGGGAUCUGCCUCCGUGUGAAAACGAGAAGGCUGAACCAGAGGAUGGGGGCAGCGAGCAUCUCCAGGAGCCUGUAGAGGAAACCAGCGUGAAGGUUCCAAAGCGUAUUGAGGUCCACUCGAUCCACACGUAUGUAGCGCUCUACAAGUUCCUGCCUCAGGAGCACAACGACCUCGGACUGGAGCCUGGUGACCGGGUGCUGGUCACUGAUGAUUCUAAUGAAGAGUGGUGGAAGGGAAAGAGUGGAGACAAGGUGGGCUUCUUCCCUGCUAACUUCGUCCAGAGGGUGCGCCCAGGGGAGAGGGUGUGGAGGGUCACCCAGCCUGUCCCUGCCAGCCGAGGGAUGGGCCACAUGCCAGUGAAGGAGGAUCAGAUCUGUGUGGGGAAGAGUGAGGACAGUGAGGGUUUCCUGAAGCUGAGCAGUGGAAAGAAGAGAGGACUGGUCCCUGCUAAAUCCAUUGAGGAGAUCUAACCUCUGUCUCAACACCAGCCCCCCCGUCUCUCUCUCUCUCUCUCGUACCAGCACCCUGUAACCUCCCCACACACCCCUUUAAGGCCUGAGGAGGACCAGCCAGUCCGGGGGUCCUCCAACACCACCAUCGUGAGGCCCACCACCCUACUAAACUGAGUGGGGAGCGGUGACCGUUCAGCUUGUGAAUUCCAGGUGAUGUGGAGGAUGCCCCAGCCUCAUCCUUGCUGACCUUGUCUCCUCCACCCCAAUGUAGCUGACAGCCCAGACUUGAAAGGGUUGGCUUCCCUUCCACAGUGGGUUGGCCUAGGUGUUGUGGAGGACUAUCUAAGGCCCCAAUGCCCCAUGUUUUCCUGCUGUAAUGUACCUUAGUCUAUUAGUGAACUGGGUUUGUCUGUAGUCCACACCACAGGGGUAAGAGUUUGAGGACUGAAGGACUGGCUGCUGUGGACUCCAGUAACUUCCCUCAGGAAGGAAGGAGCUUUGAGACUAUUUUCUGUCUGAUGAGUCUGGUCUCUCUGUGUGUGAUUUGACCAGUUCUUUUUCACUGUCCUCUAUGGCUGGAUAUCAAGAGGCUGAAGAAUGCAGGAUUAAGGCCGUCUCACACUCUACAGUCCAAACGUGGCGCUCCGUUUCGCGCAUAUAUAAUGACUCAGAUGUGUGCCGUUUUGGUGUCCGACAAGUUUUUUUUGUCUGUUCGCUCACAACAAUUUUUUAUUGGGGCAAGUUGAAGUUCGGUAGCCGACGUCUACGCCCUUUCGUCUGUAAUUGGUCAACUGUAGUGUUUUCAAAUGAAGGUCUUUAAGGGAGUAUGAGAGCACAGUCGUGCGCGCACACCUAGCCGAGUUCUGCUAGGAACAAACAGAACCUAGUAGUAGUGUACGUGACCUUAUUAAUCAGGAGUUCUGCUAGGAGCAAACAGAACCUAGUAGUAGUGUAUGUUACUUUAUUAAUCAGGAGUUCUGCUAGGAACAAACAGAACCUAGUAGUAGUGUAUGUUACUUUAUUAAUCAGGAGUUCUGCUAGGAGCAAACAGAACCUAGUAGUAGUGUAUGUUACUUUAUUAAUCAGGAGUUCUGCUAGGAACAAACAGAACCUAGUAGUAGUGUAUGUUACUUUAUUAAUCAGGAGUUCUGCUAGGAGCAAACAGAACCUAGUAGUAGUGUAUGUUACUUUAUUAAUCAGGAGUUCUGGUAGGAGCAAACAGAACCUAGUAUUAGUGUACGUUACUUUAUUAAUCAGGAGUUCUGCUAGGAGCAAACAGAACCUAGUAGUAGUGUAUGUUACCUUAUUAAUCAGGAGUUCUGCUAGGAGCAAACAGAACCUAGUAGUAGUGUAUGUUACCUUAUUAAUCAGGAGUUCUGCUAGGAGCAAACAGAACCUAGUAUUAGUGUACGUUACCUUCAUCAGGAGGAUGUACUUGUGUUGUGUGUGGGAGUUCCUGGUUCCUGUUCCUGGACACUGCAUGGAAGAAAACAUUUGUUCUUUCUCUGACGAACGAGAACAAGCGUCACACUCCUGAUGACAUCAUCACAGAUAGACGCCUACUAUGAUCACAGUAAUUCAUUUUAAGGAGGUGACCGUGAAGGAGAUAGUUGCAUGCUGAAGGAUGUACUUGUUUCAAUGUCGGGGUCAGUGAGAUGUUCAAGAUACUGGCGAUGGUUGUAGGUGUAGGUGCUUGCGUUUUCUCUCACCCUUUCCUUAGGUCCACUUCUCUCUGUCUCACUAUCUCUCCUUCCCUCUUCCAUCUUUCUCAGCUAUCGCAUUGGUCCCUUGGCUGGGAUUUGACUUCAGCUUAAUUUAGACUGGCACAGAACUUAACUGCUCUGCAAGGACGGAUGUACGGGCAGGUGGGUGGGUGACACUGGGCAGAGUACACCCUGGUCAGACCAGACAGCCAGCAGAGGACAGGACAAACUAGGUCCAUUUCGACGCACACUCUCUCAGAUCCUGACUCCCUGGCUGACUCACUGACAUUUGACCUCGCACUUGGCAGGUUCCAGAAGGUCAUGGGUGUAAGCCGCGUCAUUCUAUUGUACAGGUCAAUCAAUCGCACACUUCAGAAAAUGUGUUUUUCUGUGUCCUAUUUAUGAAGGAUACAAGAGAUGAAAUUAGAUUGGGGCGGUGAAUACUUUCAUAAAUACUUCAAUGUUUUUUGUUCUCUCUCUCAGUAGUGUUUGAAUAGCGUAGACCGUAGAAAGCAUCUAUGAAUAGAGACAUUGUUAAAAAAAAGAAACAAAUGGAGCAGCAACACCUUUUUUUUUUUUACUGCUCUAAAUUUGUUUCAAUUUUCUGGCCAAUUUAGCAGACGGGCACUGAGGAGCCGUGGAAGACUUGGGAAGUGUUUUCGUGUCUUUCGGCUCGUCUGUUUGGUUCACCGCUGGUAAACAAACAACAGCCAAGAGCCCAGUCGGCUGGAAAACCACAAGAUGAACAGACCUUGUAAGUGUGACAAGCUGGACAUGGUCCCGCUGGACAUGGUCCCGUCUGAGGGACAGGGAGCGAGGGAUAUGGAGGGAUAUGGAGAGAUGUAGACUGAAGGGGUUGACCCAGGUGUUGUACCAUCAUGAAUCAAUGUGUCUGUAUGCAGGUUUCUUUGUCUAUGGCUGACCAAUUCAACAUUGAUCAAAUGUCAGUCUCUCUCUCUCUCUCUCCAUUCCCCACUCGCUUUCCCUGUCUCUGACACUAUUGGGCAUUUUUGCUGCUAGUGGGAAGGGUAGCUGGACUGCUGUAUUGUACAUGUAGAUGUAUGCAUGUUUAAUGAUAGGAUAAUGGGUUGGAUUUCAAUGUUUCCAUAAUGUACUGACUAUUUAUUGAUUUAGACAGAUAUCUAUCUACUUGCUGAGUUGCAGCACGUAGCUGUCACACUGUUGGCAUUAAUGACCGAUAACAUGUCCCCUCCCGCUUCCUGUAGUGUAAGAAUACAGUAUAUACAGUAAGUCAUCUGAAGUGUAAAAGAAGUACGAUGAUGAACAUAUUGGGUGCGUUGGUAAAUUCAAGCUGGAGUGCCAGCUGGAGAGCGCUCUGGGUCAUUCGUAAAUUCAGAUUGUUGUCAGAUUGUCCGUUGGUGAAGUCAGAGGGUUUCGCUCUCGGAGCGUUCAGAGCUCACGCUGGACGCUCCGGCCGACGAGGAGGUUUGAUCCGAGCGUUCAGACCCCACAACGACAGUCAAGCACCCAAGCUAACUGGCUAACUUGCUAGCUACUUCCAGACACAAAUGAGAGAACACCUCACUCUGACCAUUUUACUCGCCCUAGCAGAGCUGGUUAGGCUGUGUUCAUGUUAUCCACAGCGUUGGUGACUGUAACUGUGCUGCCGGCAACAAUUUAAUUACGCUUUCUUUGUCGACGUUUACUGACGCCGGCCAUAUUCAACGGGUGUUGCGUGUUCGUAAAUUCAUCAGUUAUGCUCUGGCACACUCAGACGAGAGUGCUCUGAAAUCCGUGUAGAUAGGCAGAGCGAAUUUACGAACGCACCCUUUCUUUCAUGUUUUGUUCCUCACGUUGUGCAUGAUAAUGUGAUCGUCUUUGAGUCUAUAUCCUCUCUCUGUGUGUGUGUGUGUGUGUGUGUGUGUGUGUGUGUGUGUGUGUGUGUGUGUGUGUGUGUGUGUGUGUGUGUGUGUGUGUGUGUGUGUGUGUGUGUGUGUGUGGAUGAAGUUUCACAGACUGUGAUGAAUGUUGUUUUUUCAUUCCAUUGGGUCCAUGUGUUCCUAUGUAUAGCAAGGACUUCUCUGGUCCUCACAGUCCCAGACCAGGAGCUAACAAGACCACAGUAUAGUCACAGGGUGUAUAGCUGGGUUAAUUGUUUGUUAGCUUAUUCUCUACCGAAUUUUCACAUAAGAUGUACAUUUCUGUAAACUUAGAGUCGGUCACCCUUUGUGAACCCUGUUUGAUUCACUCUUCAUGUAGCAUUUCUGUGUACAGGCCCCUGGCCUUGUUGCCCAGUUGCGAUGUUACUUAAGCAUUACGACGAUUUUACCAGAUGCGUCGUUAUUUACGAACCAACUUUUUAAAGAGAUACUGCUGUUUCAGUAUGAUAUGUUGGAUAAAGGAAUAAAGACAGACUCCAAUGUCAAGUUCAAUAGCCUUGUUCUGCAUUGUACAAAUCCAUACGCGUGGAGUCCGGGCAACAGUCCGGCUAGUCGAAUACCUAUCAACUAGACUCCGUAACAUCAUCCUUUUCAAUAGAAAGUGCAAACAUCAUGGCAUAACAUUAAGUUCUUAACAGUCAAGUCAUAACAAUUGAAAAAGCAUGACAUUUUCUUUUUUACUUCAGUUGUCAUCUUCCUUUUUACAUUUAAAAAAAUGUUUUUAAUUAACAGACGACAAGUUAACAGUCUCUUGCUUACAGAGUAUGCCUAACAUUCCACUCAUGAGGCCACUAGGUCAUUUGACUGCAUGAAAGAGCUACUGAGACAACAAAAGAAUAUGCAACAUGAAAAUAUUGUCCAAUUUACAUUGUGUAAUUUAUUGAUAUCUCUAACUAUCCCCAGAGAUAGGCUAUCCAAAGUCAAACCAGCUUUGCCCCGAUUAGCUGAAGAUAAUUGGCUAAAUAAUUUGCCUAACUAUUCCCACCUGCGAACACACAAGACACCCACAUUAAACCACACCCCAAAACCAACUCACGUUUGAAUUCAGUCAUGGCCGCUAGCAUUUGCGAAUGAACCAAAGCCAGAACAAGGGCAAAUUAGGAAGUGCAGUCACCCUUUCAAAGUGUUUCCCAAACAAGCAUGUAGAGAGGCGUAACGUUCGCGUCAUCAGACCAUGUGUCGAUACUGGUUGGAUCAAAAGAAAAGCAGCACUCUCCAAUCAGCUUUCUCCAUUCAAAUCUGACCUUAACAUUAGAAUUAUCCCACAAUCCUGACCAUGGAUCACUUCCUAUGAGAUAUUACCACCUACAGUAUGGCUGCAAAUAGGCUAUUGAGUUGGCUUACUAUGCCCUAUAAAAAUGCACUAAAACACAGAGUGGGCCCAUCAUUGCGCAAGUGUUGUCACACAUCAUGAAACCCAUUGAGGCAAAAAAUAGCUAAAUAGGACUCAGUUGAUUGAACAUGAAAUGCAUUUCAAUAUGAUUGAACUAGGCCAUGUAGCCUAUGUGUCUUUUAAAGCAGUCAUCUCAGUUUUCAUUUGAAACAUAAUUGUAUCCUUGACUUGUUUGUAACAAAUACUGUGUUUUAACUUUGUAUUUGUAGUCAACUUCGUUUUGAAGUUAUCAGCAGUCACAGUCAGACAGAUCGAAUCAAGAUGUUUAGGCUGUGUUUAGCAGAGAUCUGUGAAUAAAGUGACGCAGGAGGGCACUUUGGGCACGAGGUGUCUGCAAAGGUUUUUAAGAGCCACGUUACUAACGAAGGCUCUGGGAAAACACCUCGGCUACUAAAGACACAUCGUUUAGAACGUUCUAGCGAUGAUCUGUCAAGAGGAAGGCUCUGGGAAACGAGGCUCUGCACAGUAAGUGUAUGUUUUAGUGUGUGUGCGGAUAUAGCCUUAGUUAAUAUCACUGGAAGAACACAUGCCUCAAUAAAAAAAACUUUACCCCUGAAUGAAA